AGGUGUCUGGAGUGUGGAGAGGACUUGAAAAACUCUGUGUUCAUGCUAUACUCUAGAGAGAGACACUUGACAGGACAGGAGUUGAGAAAAUAACUUCUUUCAGGACGUGAUUCAGUACGGUUCGUUCUCCUAAGCGCUUAGUUCUUGUGUGGCGAAUCAUUCACGAACGGAACAUCACUACUCUGGUUUCGGUCAAAGAGCAUUAGGACAGAACUCAGCCUACCUGUUACGUUUAGCAUGAUAACCAUAGACUGUAUGAUAACGGCACAAACAGCAGCAGCAGCACUAGGAAAGUUUGUCCGGAGCAACUCGUACUUUGAUGAACAUGGACUUGACGGCGGAGAGUCAUUCCAUUCCUCUGAGUGAUGGAAACAGCAUGCCUUUGAUAGGGCUGGGAACUUAUGCGGAUCCCCGCACGACCCCCAAAGAGACUGCAUUUGAAUGUGUCAAAGUGGCUAUUGAAACAGGGUACAGACACAUUGAUGGGGCUUUGGUCUACUUCAAUGAACAUGAGGUGGGACAAGCUAUAAGGGAGAAAAUUGCAGAUGGAACUGUAAAGAGAGAGGACAUCUUCUACUGUGGAAAGCUGUGGAACACAUUCCAUCCCCCAGAAUUGGUUAAACCUGCUUUGGAGAAAACUUUGAAGACAUUACAGUUGGAUUAUGUUGACCUCUAUAUUGUGGAAAUGCCAACAGCCUUCCAGCCAGGAGAUACAUUUUACCCCAGAGACGAGAAUGGGAAGUACAUUUAUCACAAGACAGAUCUCUGUGCGACAUGGGAGGCUCUGGAGGCUUGCAAAGAUGCUGGGCUGACCAAAUCUCUUGGCGUAUCCAACUUCAACAAGAGACAACUGGAGUUGAUCCUGAACAAACCCGGGCUGAAACACAAGCCUGUGUCAAACCAGGUUGAGAGCCAUCCCUAUUUCACUCAGCCAAAGUUGCUUGAGUACUGCCAGCAGAAAGAGAUUGUCAUUGUGGGAUACAGCCCGUUGGGGACCUCAAGAGAUCCAUCCUGGGUAAAUCUUAAAUGCCCCCCACUGUUGGAGGAUCACCUCCUGAAAUCAAUUGCCGCAAAAUAUAAAAAGACCACAGCCCAGGUGGCCUUGAGGUUCAAUGUGCAGAGGGGAGUAGCGGUCAUCCCCAAGAGUUUCAACCCUGUUCGCAUAAAGGAGAACUUCCAGAUAUUCGACUUCUGUCUGACUAAGGCUGAGAUGAAUGCGAUCGAGGGAUUAAACAAGAAUAUUCGAUUUGUGGAGCUUCUCAUGUGGUCUGAUCACCCAGAGUAUCCAUUUCAUGACGACUACUAGAUUCCUCAGAUGUCACAAUGUCACUUUGAUACUACACUUCGAAGACUUAUGUUAAAUAAAACGUUGGCUUGUUCACUUGU